UGUUUGCUGUUGCCUGGUUGUCAGGAGGAGCAUGCUGGACAUGAGGAGCAGAAACACACACUUUUCUCGUCUACACCUUGUGACAGCACAACUCCGGGCUCAUGCAGCAUGGAACCAUCAGAAGAGAGUGUGAGUGCCUGGAGCUGUAAGCAGGUGGCCCUGUGGCUGCAGGCCCAGGGUUUUGGGCAGUAUGUGGACUUGCUGUGCGCAGAGCACCGCCUGGACGGCCCCAGCCUGCUGGCUCUGACUGAGGCCGACCUGCGGGGCCCUCCGCUGGGCCUCACUGUGCUGGGAGACAUCAAAAGGUUGACCAUUGCCCUCCACCGGCUCCAGAGGCAGAACCAGGCUCAGCUGGAGGAGCUGGGUCUGCGGCCCUCGGACAGUCUUCCCGCCGGGCUCCCGAUCUCGCCGGGCGGCGCGGGAGCCGAGUGGAGCUGUGACAGAGCCGACCGGAGGUGUAAUGGGAGCGAACGCCUGUGCAACGGGACUGAGCUGCGGCUGAGGAGCAGCGAUAGGUCUGGAUAUAAAUCAGGAGCGGCACUGUGCCACACACACUCCAACGGGAGGUGCAGGCAGCAUUUGGCUGGUAGACUGGACCCAGAGGUGUGGAAGACGGUCAUCAGUUGCAUUUAUGUGUUUUUUGUGUUUGGAUUCACAUCUUUUGUCAUGGUUAUUGUACACGAGCGUGUCCCAGACAUGAGGACUUACCCACCCCUGCCUGACAUUUUUCUGGACAGUGUACCCAGAAUCCCCUGGGCUUUUGCGAUGGCUGAAGCUUGUGGUGUCAUCCUGUGUUACAUGCUUCUGCUGAUUCUGCUCCUUCACAAACACAGGUCUAUUCUUUUCAGACGUCUCUGCUCCUUGAUGGGAACUGUGUUUUUGCUUCGCUGCUGCACCAUGUUCGUAACCUCUCUCUCUGUGCCCGGGCAGCACCUGAAAUGUGCCAGUGAGACAUAUGGCGAUAGCUGGGGAAAGAUACAGAGAGCACUUGCGAUCUGGAGUGGAUUCGGGAUGACACUGACAGGUGUCCAGACCUGCGGGGACUACAUGUUCAGCGGACACACUGUCGUCAUCACGCUGCUGAACUUCUUUGUGACUGAAUACACUCCUCGCACCUGGAAUCUGAUUCACACCAUUUCCUGGGUGUUAAACCUGUUUGGGAUUUUCUUCAUCCUGGCAGCUCACGAGCACUAUUCCAUCGACGUGUUCAUUGCCUUCUACAUCACUACCCGCCUGUUCCUCUACUACCACACAUUAGCGAACACCCGUGCCUAUCAGCACAGUCGCCGGGCGCGCAUCUGGUUCCCCAUGUUCUCCUUCUUUGAGUGCAACGUGAACGGACCCGUCCCCAACCAGUACAACUGGCCCUUCGACAAACCCGCUUUUAUGAAAACUCUGAUUGGAUAAAGUGUUUUCAAAGAUCUACAGAUCCAUUAAGCAUGAACUCAGACACUAAUCCUCCCGCCAGUUAUAACACAAAGACUAACAACAGAUAGUCACAGCUGUGCUGCCUUCUUUCUGAAUGUUGACGCUACUCAUUCCAUUUUAAUAAUCUGUACUCAAGCUUAACUUCAUGAAAGUGACUCUUGGAAUACUUCACCCAAGAACUCAGUGUCACUUCAGUUUAUUUUACAAGCUUUGUGUUCAGUAAUCGAUGGAGGUAUUGUCACAUUAUACACCGUCUGACUCUGCCUUUGUGAUAAACUGCAGUGCGGCUAUGAGCUGUUAUCAUCCUCUGCAUGACAUCUGGCAGUGAGUUAGAAUUGAUGUUGUUUACUUGUUUUUUUACCUUUUUGCAUGCUACCAGGGUAAGUGCAGUGUGUACGAAAUAACCAAAGAACAAACUCUCUUCAAGGUUUGUUUUUACUUGGAUGGUUUGGUCAUAUUUGGCUUUAAUGGUGCAGAUGUUUACAGUUCACUGAUAGUCUUACCGAAGAUUUUCAAUGGAAAAAGUGACGUUUCUCUCAGCUGCAACUACUUUGGUCAUUCCAACCAGAGAAACAUUUCUUAUAAGAUAUGCAACAGAAGAAAAAAAUGCUUUCUACAGAAAUAGAUUUGCUAAUUCUAUUGAUAGUGUAAUUUGUUUUCCCCACCUUUUCGCUUCACUUUAUGUUUACCUUAAGUACGAGGAGAUUAUUUUCCUGUGUAGUGUUUCCUUUUAGGCAACACAGCUUCCAACUGUCACAGUUCACCUAAACCAAACGUGAGCGUCAUUUAAAUGUUCGAUUUUGCCAUUUAGCCUUAAAGAAUAAUUAUGUUAAUUUUUUUCUAAUGUGUCACUGUUUUUCUACAGAUUGUUGUUAAUUAUGUGACAAGACAAAAGACUGUUCUGCUGCUAUUGCCGCCGUUGAAAAGCAUUUAGCAAGCAUGCUCUCUGAAGUGUAUUGUUUACAAUGGCAUGGCUGAUUUAAACUGAUAUACAUUUUGUAAGUGUUUACAACGUGAGGCCUUAUUCGCUGCAAAUAAUCCAUGGCUGCCUCUGGGCUCAAAAAUUAAAGUUUACAGAUGAGUAAAACCAU